AUGACGUAUCCCAACACCAGCAUACUGACGGCCAACUUCAGCGGAGCUCUGGACGGCCAUGACUCUGGGGGAAACAUCUACCGACCCUUUUCCGUUUUUAGCGUGCUCACCCUUACGUUACUGGCAAUGCUGGUGGUGGCCACCUUCGUGUGGAACUUGCUGGUGCUCGUGACCAUCCUGAGGGUGAGGACAUUCCACCGGGUGCCCCACAACCUUGUGGCUUCCAUGGCCAUCUCCGACGUGAUGGUGGCCGCCCUGGUCAUGCCGCUCAGCCUCGUCCACGAGCUGAACGGCAGGCUGUGGAAACUGGGCCGCGUGCUGUGCCAGGUGUGGAUCUCCUUCGACGUGCUCUGCUGCACGGCCAGCAUCUGGAACGUGACGGCCAUCGCGCUGGACCGCUACUGGUCCAUCACCAGGCACCUGCAGUACACACUCAAGACACGUAAAAAGAUCUCCAAUGUGAUGAUCGCCCUCACGUGGCUGCUGUCCUCCAUCAUUUCCCUGUCGCCUCUCUUCGGCUGGGGGGAGACUUACUCAGAGGGGAUGAAGUGUCAGGUGAGCCAGGAGCCGUCCUACACGAUCUUCUCGACCUUCGGAGCAUUUUACCUGCCGCUUUGCGUGGUGCUGUUCGUUUACUGGAAGAUCUACAAGGCUGCCAAGUUCCGGAUUGGAUCCCGCAAGACCAACACAAUCACACCCAUGGCUGAGGUAAAGGAGGAAACACAGCAGCCCCAGAUGGUGUUUACCGUGCGCCACGCCACCGUGACCUUCCAGACAGAUGGGGACACAUGGCGCGAGCAGAAGGAGAAAAAGGCAGCGCUGAUGGUAGGCAUUUUGAUUGGCGUGUUUGUACUUUGCUGGAUUCCCUUCUUCAUCACCGAGCUCAUUGUCCCGCUGUGCUCCUGCGACAUCCCGCCCAUCUGGAAGAGCAUCUUCCUGUGGCUGGGGUACUCCAACUCCUUCUUUAAUCCGCUCAUAUACACCGCCUUUAAUAAGAACUACAACAAUGCCCUGAGGAACCUCUUCUCCCGGCAGCGCUGA